CCUUCCGCCCCUUUUGUAUGCCGCACAGCCUGUGUAGAAAGGCUGGACCCUCGGCGGCGAAGUCUGGCGCUGACCUGAGAGGGAGGGCUCGGUGUGGAAGAGAUGAAUCGGACAAAGGGUGAUGAGGAGGAGUAUUGGAAUAGCUCCAAGUUCAAGGCUUUCACCUUUGAUGAUGAAGAUGAUGAGCUCUCACAGUUAAAGGAAUCCAAGCGGGCAGUGAAUAGCCUUCGAGACUUUGUGGAUGACGAUGAUGAAGAUGACCUGGAGAGAGUCAGCUGGACCGGGGAACCUGUGGGAAGCAUCUCAUGGUCCAUCAAAGAGACUGCUGGUAAUAGCGGGUCAAGCCACGAGCGUGAGCAGCUGAAGAACCGAAACAGCUUCUCCACCUACACACAGCUACCCAAACCCCCUUCUACCUACUCUCUGAGCAGCUUUUUUAGAGGAAGAACUAGACCUGGAAGUUUCCAGUCCCUCUCUGAUGCUCUGUCAGACACGCCUGCCAAGAGCUAUGCUCCAGAGCUGGGGAGACCCAAGGGGGAGUAUAGGGAUUACAGCAACGACUGGAGCCUCAGUGACACAGUGCGGCGCCUCAGGAAGGGCAAGGUCUGCUCACUGGAAAGGUUCCGCUCCUUACAGGACAAAAUCCAGCUCCUAGAAGAAGCAGUAAGCAUGCAUGAUGGGAACGUCAUUACUGCAGUUCUGAUCUUCCUGAAGAGGACGCUGAGUAAAGAGAUCCUCUUCCGAGAGCUGGAGGUGCGGCAGGUUGCCCUGAGACAUCUCAUUCACUUCCUUAAGGAGAUAGGUGAUCAGAAGCUGCUUUUAGACCUCUUUAGGUUCCUGGAUAGAACUGAAGAGCUUGCGCUGUCCCAUUAUCGAGAGCACUUGACCAUUCAGGACCCUGAGAAACGAAAAGAAUUUCUUAAGACGUGCAUUGGCUUGCCAUUUUCAGCAGAAGAUUCUGCACACAUACAAGACCAUUACACACUCCUGGAACGUCAGAUCAUUAUCGAGGCAAACGAUCGGCAUCUAGAAUUAGCGGGACAGACUGAGGUCUUCCGGAAGCACCCCCGCAAAGCGUCCAUCCUCAACAUGCCGUUGGUGACGACGCUCUUCUACUCCUGCUUCUACCACUACACGGAGGCUGAGGGGACUUUCAGCAGCCCGGUCAACCUGAAGAAGACAUUUAAGAUCCCAGACAAACAGUACGUGCUGACAGCGCUGGCCGCUCGCGCCAAGCUCCGGGCCUGGCAUGACGUUGAUGCCCUGUUUACCACCAAGAACUGGCUGGGCUACACCAAGAAGAGAGCACCCAUUGGCUUCCAUCGGGUUGUGGAAAUUUUGCACAAGAACAGUGCCCCUGUCCAGAUAUUACAGGAGUAUGUCAAUCUGGUGGAAGAUGUGGACACAAAAUUGAACUUAGCCACCAAGUUCAAGUGUCAUGAUGUCGUCAUUGAUACUUGCCGGGACCUGAAGGAUCGUCAGCAGUUGCUCGCGUACAGGAGCAAGGUGGAUAAAGGCUCUGCCGAGGAGGAGAAGAUUGAUGCCCUUCUCAACAGCUCGCAAAUUCGAUGGAAGAAUUAAGUGGCAUCAGCUCCCUUGCAACCUGCCUCAUUUCUUCCUUUUCUGCCUGUGAAAGUAGAGAGAGCUCUUCUUGGGAGAGUUACAGCAUCACAUCACUGGGGCCCAUCGUCAGCAGGCAGUGCCUGCUACUCGUGGGACAGAGACCAGCGCCUGGGCACUGAAAGCCUCAGACCGGUCUUCUGUCCAGGGACUGUCACCGAAGGGCCAAGAUCUAAAGCUUUGCCUCAUGAGAGAGACUCUUCACCUGGUGCUCACAUGAAGGUGGGAAUUAAUUUCUAGGUUGGGCCCAUAUUGGGCAAGAUGGCUUUUGGUCCGCAGAAAGUGACUGCUCCAAAAAAGGAGGUCUCCUAGACCGAGAGGUACCGGUGUCGUCGGGCGGCCACUCCACUCCCCUCUGCUGAUUGUGACCUUGGACUUGGUGCUGGAUGCUGGCAUCUGCUCUGCAGGAGGUCAGCAGGGAACUGGAAUGGCUGUCUCUCCGGGGGUGGGGGGGGGUCCUCAGGAAGGGCCUCCUGCCUUGCCGGGACCUGUUGGAGGCGCCCUCACCCCAGACUGUACAGAGUCCGCCACCUCGCGGCAGAGCUGGCCCACCCCCCUCUGCUGUCCUGGUCUUCCCUUUACAAACAGUGGUUCCUCUCUCCCUGCACCCCAGGGAGCCUGGUGCAGGAGAUGAGGGCACCCUCCUUCCCGUUCCUCCUUCCCCCACCCAGGCCCCCCACUGUACAUGAGUCAGCAGGGCUGGGGCGCACGCUCCCUUUCUGCACACACGUCCUUGUUUCACUAGGAGCUUCCACAAGUUUCACCAGGGCUCACCUCAGCAGUGUUUCUGGUAGGCUACCAAGAGGGAAGGUUUGGUUUCGCGGUUGGUUUUCAAGAGGAUAUUCUGCAACGCCUGUGUCCUGUAUUCUUGUGCCAACGUGAGCCUUUCUUCUCUGUGACUGACCUGGGUUUCCCAGGCACACCUAGACGCCUAAUAAAGCCGUUUCUUCCUUGGUGCCU